UGAAAUCUGCUGUUUCUCAACAUCCUGUUGACUCAUAUAUCUGCAAUAAUAAGAUAAAGAGCAGCUGCUUCAUAGGGAGUCAACAGCGUGACUAGACAGUAUUAUGACAGCGUGUAAUAAUAAAACUGAAGAAAAAGAAGUGAUCUUGCCUCGCUGGUGUUCCCCUAAAUCAUAUGAAAACCAGCGACUGCCACUUUCUGAACAAGUAAAAAUGCUACAAUUAAUGUCUUAACACAUCAGAUCAUUGUUUUCUUUUCUGAUAACACACGCAGGAAAGGUUUUCAUCUCCCUCAUCCACAAAUCUUACUUUGCCUACAUGACUGUGUGAACACCAGGCCUCGGUAGAAAACACUGUGAAAGGCUCCCAGUUGGCACACACAUUUGAUUUGAGGCUAUGUUAAAGUUUAUCAAAAUAAAAGCCCUUCGGUGGGUCACAUUUGUGCUGAAUACACCAGGACACUUUAAAGAUUCAGAGGCAGUCUGAGGUAACGCUCUACAAAGUGAGGCUGUUUGCAUGAGAGCAGCAGAGUGCUAAAUUGACUGAUUUUCUUAUUGAAUUCUGUGUUGCAUCAUCUCCCCUCUCUCACUGUACUACAGAGAAGUCACUGAACCAGCUGACACUUACAAAAGAAACAGUCAUAGUCAUCAGCGGAUGAAUCCUGCUGACGCUGGUGAUGUCAGACUCUUCCUUUAGCUUGAUUCACAGUAGUGAUAUUGAGUCAGAUAUCUUAACAGUAAUCGGAGAGGUUUCUCUGAAAUGUGACACUAGUAUUCAUUAUGCCAAGAGCAUUUAUCCCACCAAGUUUGGUGGUACUUUGAAUUUGUUCCUCUGGCACCACCAGCAGGUCAAAUCUAUACCGAAUAUCCUGUGAGUUCUCUCGACAUUUACAGGAUGGAUUGGUGCAAAAUUUGUUACAGACAUUUAUGGUCCCCAGAAGAUCAAGAAUAAUAACUUUGGUGAAUCUCUGACUUUGAUGUAGUGCCACCAUGAGGGUAACUUUUUGUUUUUUAGGGAAGUAUUUCAACAACUAUUGGAUAGAUUUCCGCAUAAAUUUGGCACAAAGUAUUCAUGGUGCCGAGAGAAUGUUCCCACUGGUUUUGCUGAACCCCGAACCUUUCCUGUGGGAAUUGUCUCAGCAUUUACUCAAUGGAUUGGUUCAAAAUUUGGUACAAACGUCCAUGGUUCCCAGAGGACGAAUUAGAAUAAUAAUAGAUCCCCAGAGUAUCCUGUAUAGGAUUAUUAAAGAUCUAUCUAUCCAUCCAUCCAUCUAUCUAUCCGGCUGGCUGGCUGGCCGGCCAUCCAGCCAUCCAAAGGUGUAGUCGUAGCUGUCACCGAAAAAGUCUUGUUCAGGGUUUGGUUGUACUAAAACCAACCUGAUCUCACUCCAAAGUUCUCGAAAUCUCGCAUUUGGGCAAUGACUUGCGGCAUCAGACAGUGAUGAACAAAGCUGCCCUAAAACGUCGGCAUAAUACGUGGCUGAUUGUCGCUAUAGUUUAACAGCGCCCAGUGGCAUGAGGGGGAAGAGUGACGUGACGAGGACGAAAGUUAAGGUGGCAAAAGGUUGAGUAGGGCGGGUGGGAGUGGUGGUGGAUGGGUCAAACAAUGACCGUCUUUCACCUGACUUUUACCUGAGAGAGCGGUGUUCGCGUCCCGUAAGAUUUUAAAGCCAAACCCUGUUCUUUUUUCCUUAACCUAACCAUGUGUCUUUGUUGCCGACACCCAACCAGGUGCGUUCGUUGUCGGAGAAAAAAAACAUUAAAUCAUGUUGCCGUACUGAUGUGGUGUUUUUAUUUUGAAAGAGACUGUAUGUAAACGUUAAAUUCCCUGUGAAAACAGAAGUGUAUUUUGAAAGAAGACGAUGCAUGUAACAGGCAGAACUUGACACGGUGUCCCAGCUUGUCAACAACCAACACACCCAGGGUACCUUGCACAUCGUAUGGUCGGAGUGAGAAUGUGUUGCUAAAACACCCUCUGAGGAGUCGGAUAAUCAGUUUUUGUAGUUACUACAUUUUGUUUUUAUGUUUUAAGCCUGUUUUUUGCUAGCGAAAAUUAGCAUUAGCACAGUAAACGCACUGUGUUAAGAAGCUAGCAGCUAGCGUCCCGGCAGUCACCUCCCUCUAAGUCAAAUUUGGUCACCUCUGGCUCCAGGAACGCCAAACUCAAGGCUUCAAAACGGAAAUCCACAAGCCAAUGGGUGACGUCACGGUGGCUACGUUCAUUAUUUUAUACAGUCUGUUGAUGAAAUUGUUAAAUAUUUACUGGAUGGACUGAUGUGAAACUUGGUGCGGACUUUUAGGGAGUUGCUAAUUUUAAUGUCGAUGUUUGUAUUAUGAGUUGUACAGCACAUGCUUCAUAUGAGUGUGUGUGUUCUUCCUGCACUUAUUCAGAGACGGAUGCUUUGUGGUUUCAUGUACGUCAUUCUUUCACUUCCUCUCUACCUCUGUCUUUGUCUCUCCCACUCUGUCUGUCUUAAUACUGCACAUUUAAAAGAUCUGGUUUUAAAUCAGACUUUCUCAGUGUAGCUGAAGCAGACAAAGACGGACAUGAAAUAACAUCUUUCUUCUUCUUUCUCCUCACGUCUGUCUUUCUUUUGUCAUCUCUUCUUCUUCUUCUUCUUCACCCUCUCUACUUCCUCCACCCACCUGCCUCUCUCUCUCACUCUCUGACUCUGUUGCUCGGUUAUUGCGAGGUUUCCCACCUGUGUGGCAUCAUAUCAGCCCCAUCGAUGCAAGCGAUCGCUGUGAAAUCAACGCCGCCCUUAAAAAGUCGAGCUGAAGAAGAAGAGCUGGAGAUAAAAGAGGAGAUAGAAAGAGCUGCAGAAGAAGAAGAGGAAACGUAGAGAGGGUCGCGAUCAUGAUUCAAUCAAAUCACUCGAUCCGCUCGGUCUUCUGCUGCUGCUGUGCCGUACAGACCAGGGAGAUCAGCACCCGCAUGGAGCUGGAGGGAAGCACCUCCCUGUGUUUCCAGAGCCGACGAUACCCAGGGCACCCCUGCAGGGUCGACAGGUCGAGAAGGAAGCUCCCCCUGCCGCCUCCUGACUAUGAGGAUGGUGAAGGUCAGGGGUUGCUAAGUGUCGUCGCCAUGUACGACUUCACCGCCAAGGAGGACACUGACCUCACACUCAAACAGGGAGAAGAGUACGUCAUCCUACACAAACAGGACCAGCUGUGGUGGAGAGCGCAGGACAAACACGGGAACAAAGGUUUCAUCCCCAGCAACUACGUGACGGAGAAAAACAGAAUCGAGGCAAACUCGUGGUACUGCAAGAACAUCACCAGGACAGAAGCCGAGCAGCUGCUGAGACAAGAGGACAAAGAGGGCGGUUUCGUGGUGCGGGAGUCCAGUCAGAAGGGAGUCUACACCGUCUCUGUCUACACCAAAACAUUAAGUAGUAACGGGGAUAUUCGGCAUUACCAGAUCAAAAUAACUGACACUGGUCAGUUCUUCCUGGCUGAAAAACACACCUUUAAAUCCAUACCUGAUGUCAUACACUACCACGAACACAACGCAGCAGGUUUAGUUACCAGGUUGCGGUAUGCAGUAGGUCCAAUGGGAAGGUGUGUACCCGCCACAUCAGGAUUCAGCUCAGAGAAGUGGGAGAUCAACCCCAGUGAGUUGACCUUCAUGAAGGAGCUGGGCAGUGGUCAGUUUGGUGUCGUGAGACUCGGCAAGUGGAGGGCUCAGCACAGAGUGGCCAUCAAGGCCAUCAGAGAGGGAGCCAUGUACGAGGAGGACUUCAUCGAGGAGGCCAAAGUCAUGAUGAGGCUGUGCCACCCGAAGCUGGUGCAGCUGUACGGCGUUUGCUUGCAGCAGCGCCCCCUGCUGAUCGUGGCGGAGUUCAUGGAGAACGGCUGCCUGCUGAACUUCCUGAGGCAGAAGAGUCGAGCUCUGAAGGAGGCGUGGCUGCUGUCCAUGUGUCAGGACGUCUGUGAGGGGAUGGAGUACCUGGAGACGCAAAGUUUCAUCCACAGAGACCUGGCAGCGAGGAACUGUCUGGUUAACGAGCACAACGUGGUGAAGGUCUGCGACUUUGGAAUGACCAGGUACGUCCUAGACAAUCAGUACACCAGCUCCAGUGGAGCCAAGUUCCCUGUGAAGUGGUCUCCUCCUGAAGUUCUCCACUACAGUAAAUACAGCAGCAAGUCGGACGUCUGGUCCUUCGGUGUGGUGAUGUGGGAGAUCUACUCGGAGGGACGGACUCCGUUUGAAAACAGAUCCAACCUGAACGUAGUGAAUGAAAUCACCAGAGGAGUCCGACUGUACCGACCACACCGAGCCUCACAGCCGCUCUACGCCAUCAUGUACCGCUGCUGGCACGAGAAGCCUCAGGGUCGGCCAUCUUUCUCAGAGCUCCUGGCGGAAAUCAGGAAACUGGCAGAAAAUCCAGAUUAACACACACACACACACACACACACACACACACACCAUCAUACUGCUGAUUAUCAAACUGUUUUUACUGUCAUCAUAAAUGUAAACAAACUGUGUUUGUUAUUAUAAAUAAAUAUUUUUUCAUUAAAACUUUCAGAUGACGUUCUUACACAGAUGUUUUUUUACCUUCACACAAACACACUGAAAAUACAAAAACAAAAUGUGAUGUAAAAAAUCAUGAGUCAUGUUAUCUCGUGGACGAACGCUGACCUUCACAUGUGAAUUUUGACUUUUCAGAUGACAUCAUCUCUGUGACAGUGACAUCACACUGAGGCUCUUUACAUAUGAAUGUAUAUGCAUAUAUAUGUAUACCUUCAUGAUGAUGAUGAUGAUGAUUCACGUCAGCCCUGUUAUAUUACACUGUUAGUUUUAUCUGUAGUGGGAAGUUUAAUUGUGAACCACGUCAGAGUUUAUAUGACCGGAGUCACGGCUGUAAAUUGAAGCUGUAAAUUUAAAGAUGUAAUUUAAAGCUGUAAAUCUCAGUGCCAGUUAUAACUGCAGUAGAAAAUAAUAAAGGUCAGAUGG